CCACACGGUAGGUGGCAGUAAUAUUUUGCUGGUGGAAUGCAAAUCAUCAAAAAUGGAGGCUGCCGUGUUUAUUCUGUCACUGGUCGACUGUUGUGCUCUGAUUUUCCUUGCAGUGUAUUUUAUAAUCACCUUGUCUGAUUUAGAAUGUGACUACAUUAAUGCCAGGGCCUGCUGCUCCAAACUCAACAAGUGGGUUAUUCCAGAGAUGGCGGGCCAGUGUCUCUCCACGCUGUUGAUGUUUAUUUCCACGCACUGGUUCAUCUUACUCCUCAACCUCCCUGUUGCAGCCUGGGACAUUUACAGGUACGUAAAGGUCCCGAUGGGCAACAUGGGAGUGUUUGACCCCACUGAGAUUCACAACCGAGGUCAACUCAAGUCCCACAUGAAGGAAGCCAUGAUCAAACUGGGCUACCACCUGCUCUGCUUCUUCAUUUAUUUGUACAGCAUGAUCCUGGCUCUGAUCAAUGACUGAAAUGACAAGUCAGUCACAGUUCCUGGAUUAGUCCUGGAUCUCAGUCCUGUAUUACAGUCCUGGAUCAACUGGCAAUACUGGAUGGAUGUCACCCAGAGAACCUGAAACAUUCUUUGUGCACUGAUCAGUUUUAUUUGGACCACAAUCAAAUGUUGUGUUUAUGACUACUUGAAAUAGGCCAAACAUUACGACUUUCCUUACACGCCCUUACUAGAUUAGACCCUGUCCACACGGGGAAAAUAUGUAAUAUGUACGCCACACCAACAUAAACAACUGUAGGAGAAGAAGGAAGGUGGGUUGCUUCCGCACACCCCUUGAAUCCGCGACACACAAACAUACACAACGAGAUCACCACUUGAAUCCCCUACACAAACGCAACAAGAUGGCCACUUCAAUCUGUUACACACCACAAAAACCACAAGAUGGCCACUUGAAUCUGCUACAUGCCACAAAAGCCACAAGAAGGCAACUUGAAUCUGCAACACACAAACACAACAAGAUGACCACUUAAAUCCGCUACACACAAACAAACUUAACACAAUGGCCAGUUGAAUCC